AGUAGGAACGUUACGGUUAAAAGAAAUUAAACGUGCAAACUUGGUAGCUAAAUCAUAUACAUAUUAAAGAUUUACAAAGAUGGAACCAAUGACACUUGGUAGUCCUACACAUUCGCCCUCAGGAAGCCCUAAUGUAGGGUAUUUACCGCCUUUUCUGCUUGGUGAAAUAAAUCCGCCAACAACACCUAGAACAAAUAGUUUGUCCCCAACUAAAGGACGAAAUCUAGCAUUUGGUUCACCUACCAGUCCUAGUAAAACAUCAACACCAGAUCAAAAAAUAUACCGUCAGAACAUCUCUAUGCACCAGCAAGCGCUGUAUAACCAACAAAGCACAUAUACCAAUAUUCCGACUUCACCCAACAUAUCUUACUCGACUAAGCCGAAUGGUCCACCCAUUGAAGACUUAUUCGACACAAUAAAAAGCAAUGAGCCGUCUGUAAAUAAAUCAUUGUAUAAUGAUCACAGUUUUCUUGGCUAUGGAAAUAAUAUGAUGUUACAAAAUUCCUAUGGAAACAACAUCGAUCUGUCUGUUAACAAUCAAUCUUUAUCCCAAUGGCAGGAUAUUUGUCAAGAACAAGAUGAAUACUGGGUGACUGUGUUUGGGUUUCCACCUAAUGCUGCUAAUACAGUAUUGGCAAGAUUCAGCAACUGUGGUGCUAUUCUGGACAAGCAGUAUCCUACACAAGGCAACUGGGCCCACAUUAGGUAUGCGACAAGAGCAGAGAAAGAGAGAGCCAUGGCUUUAAGUGGAAGGCAAGUCUUGCCAGGGGUAAUGGUUGGAGUAAUUGAGUGCAAGGAACCACCUCGAAUAUCUUUUACUAGUCCUGGAAUUAUGUCACCCGAAAGGCAAACUACUGGAGCCCGAUCCCUAUGUCCAACACCAAUACCCUCAGCACCAGUCCCUCAGAAGUCUAGUGGUCUCAUUUCCAAAGCAUUAGACUAUGUGCUUGGAUGGUGACAAAUACUUUAUCUAAAACUUUAUUGAAAUAACUUAAAGGGAUACCACAAAUACAUUUACAUUAAUUUUGUAAAAGUUUGAUGUCUCUGUGGCCCAUAAAAUGACCACUGUUCACAUCAUGCGAAUGUUGUUUAAUCAUAAAAUAGAUACUAAAUUUCACAAUUUUAAUGAAUGGGGUGAGGAUGACAGUUUUACCUGAUAACGUCUGGACUUCGGGAAAAAGAGAUAUUUCAUCAUCAAAUACUGAAUAGUUUUGAUUUUAUGAUUUGAUGUCUGUGGCCUGGUAGAAUAGAAAGAAAAAAAACGCGGUCUGUAGGUUUGGACAAGGUCAGUAACCUGUAUUCUAAAAAAACUUAUUUAAAUGUCAUUCCAUACUAUUUAUAUAGAAAUAAGAUAUUACCUACUAUUUUAACUCUUCCAGCCCUACUGAUCUGAAUUUUGGGGACAUUAAUCUCAAUGUAAUAUUUUUGUUUAAUAAUAUAAAAUUAAUAUUAUUCACAAAAUUAUGUUUACAAUUUAAUGUUUAUUACAUAAUCACCUGUGAAGGCCGUGUUUUCGUUUAAGGUAAUACUGUCAUCCCUAUCUUCUAUAUAAAAAAUUGUAUUAGCAACAUUGUAGUAAUAAAUAGAUCAUAAAAAAAAUUAUAAAGUAGGUAUAUAUCGAAUUUAGUGGUUGAGCAGGUUCUUAGCCUGUAAGGACCGAUACUACUGUCCUAUAUAUUUCUGCUGAAGUAGCUCUGAAAUUUCUAAUGUAAUUGAGCCUAAUCUCAUCUCUCGAGGGAAACGGUAUAUUCAGGUUGGGACGCUAAUGCUUUCCGGUGACCUUUAUACCCGUAGAAAUUAGCUACUUCACAUAUAAUUGAGAAAGAUCUAGCAAAUAUUUAUCUAAAGGAUAUUUCGUUUAAAAAAAUAAUCAAAAUAGAAACUUAACGAAUUUAAGAAUAUUAAUAAACAUUUACAACAUUUACCAGCAAGAGCUGCGCCAUUUGAAUGUAUUAAAACAAUAUGUCAGAAAAUAAAUCGCAUGUAACCUAAAUAUUAAACGACCUAUAUUUUUUAUGUGUAACAUUUUAUCAAAUCUAGAGGAGCGCGUACAAUUCGAACUAACAUUAUAAAUGCUGUGAUUUAUGUUUUUAGUCAUACUGUGUCAAAUAUACAUAACAAAUACUAUUUUAGAGGGAUAUAUUUUUACUACAUUAACUCAAUUGAAGCAGUGGCAAAAGUUAUUUAUAACAUUACUGACUCCGUGCUAUCGCCACACAAUUUUCCCAUUAUUGAAGUUUCAUGUUGCGCUCCAAUACGAACUAAAUUCAUUGUUUAAAUUUACCUAUAGGUAGGUACUGUAUACUAUACCUUACCUAUACUAUACUUGUUUGCUUUUGGCUGUUUCAGAUGCUUUUAAUUACAUUUGAUCAUUGAUUAAUUUAUUCAGUAUAUCAACAUGCAAUCUUAAUUAUGUUAGCUUUAAGAUAAUGUUAACAGGAAUGAAAUUUAUAAAUAAAAGAAUAAUUCGAUAU